CUUUCGCGACAGUAGUUCACAGUCAGGAAAAAGGAGAAACCCGUCUUCCUUGAUUCCGAUCAUAAUCGUUUCUUUCCUUCCAUCUUUCCUCAUCUCUCUUCCCUAUUCUCCGUUUUUUUAGCUACUACUCGCCAUGACCGACGUUCAUCCUGCCCCUGCUGUUGAGGACGCUACUGUUGCAGAAGUCACUGCCGCCACCAACGAGAUUGCUCUUGAGGACAAGUCUGCUGAACAUGUUCAUGGUCCUGACUGCGACCAUGACCAUGAGCACGACCAUGAGCAACAACAGGCUCUUGCUGGACAAAGACACGACUAUGAUCUUCUUGAGGUCAACGGCACUAAAGACAAGACCACCGAUCCUCUUGUCAAGAAAUACUUCGAGGCCAAGGAGUUAUUCGCCAAGGCCAACGAGCGCUUAGACCAGAUCCCAGAGGGCACUGAUGCCGAGUUGAUUGAGAAGCACAAGGAUGAGAUUGUUUCGGUUACUAAGGAUCUUAUGCAAGCAUUCUUGCUGGAUGACAAGGCUUGCCUAAUGAACCAGAGAAUUCUCAAGCUUGCUGAACAGUAUGAGGCUUAUGUUCAGGCCAACAAUCCUGAAGGCACUUCCACAGCUACUGCUGACUCUGAGGAGGAGGGUGCUGAACAGCAAACCACCGUUUACACUCGCGACUCUGUUAUCUUUGUUAUCAUGAUUCUCUGGAGUGGUGGACAGUAUGAGCACUGCAUUCAGACUUUGACCUUUGCUAUCCAGGAAUUUGAGCCUCUCAAGGGUCGUCUCUUGGAGCUCCGUGCAAACUGCUAUAUGGCUCUUCGUAACUUCAAGGCUUGCAAUGAUGACUUUGAGGAGGCUUUGACUAUUGAGCCUGUCAACGUCGAGAACCACUCUACCCUCGGAAACAUCUUCUAUGUCACCCACCAAGCUCAGGAUGCUCUUCAUCACUUUAAGGAGUUUGUCGCUGUCGCCCAUCCUGACUCACGCACUCUUCCAAAUGCCUACUAUGCUCUCUCCAUCUUGACUCUUCUUUCUGCGCCCUCAAACGCCACCAAGAAGAAGAGCAAUCAGGCUCUUAAGCAGGCUGCUGCCCUUAAGGAGGCUCAGGAGUAUUUCAAGAAGGCCCAAGAGGCUGAUGUUCGCUUCAAGGAGCUCUAUGGCGUCAUGACUGGCUAUAACGAUAUCAAGAGAACCGCUAUCCAGGCUUUCCAGAUCCGCACUGCCACUCGUAGCGGACUCAUUUCGACUGACCCUACCGCAGCUUUGUUGGAGGCUUCUGAGCUCUUGAAGAAAUCAUUCAAGAAUCCUGGCAUUUCAUCGUGUGCCAACUGUGGUCGUCCCGACAACGUUGCCAACCAGGGUCGCUCUCAGGAGUUGAAGCCUAAGCCAUUAAUCAAAUGUAACAAAUGCAACAAGGUCGCCUACUGUUCAAGGCCCUGCCAGAUCGCUCACUGGAAUGCUACCCACAAGAACGCUUGCAAAAAGUAGAUCCCUAAGAGCAAAAAAAAAAAAAAAAAAAAAAAAA